AUGGAAGCUGCAAAAGAAGAUUCACGUUUGCUGAACAAGAUAAUCCCACCACGCCUCGAAGAUGCGGGUCUCGAAGACUGUGCUUUGCCGCCUGACGCCAUCAAGGAAGCCUUUUUUAAAGCCGCCUCCGUUGUCAAGUCACGCGCCACCUCUUUCUUCCACAGCGACGACGAAGAGGAAGACUGCCUGGACGACCCCUGGCCCCAGACCAAGGACGUUUCCGACACUGUGGUAGGAGUUUCCUCGCUCCCGGAGGCGACUGGGCCGUGUGGGGUGGUGAAGGGUGGUGGGGUUGUGGAGGAGGGUGAAGAUAAAGUGGUGGUCACAGGUGGGGGUGGUGGUGAUGACGUGGCAGAGGAAAAGUAUGACGUGGUGGUGGGUGGUGCUGGUGACGUGGCGGAGGGAAAGGGAGGGAGUGGGUGCGUUGAAGGGUUAAAGGGCUUGAAGAUUGAAGAUAAAGAGAAGAAGGAAAAUAAAGAGAGUGAGAGGCCAACUUUGGUUAAAGGAUUUGUGUGA